AUGAUUUUUAGUUUAACUUUUAGUAAUGUUCAAGAGCCGAGUCAACAUGGGAAGAUCAAACUAAAGAAAGUGAAAUAUAAUGGAACCAAUUCAGACGACACUUUAAACGCAUCUAUUACGAAGUACACACAGAGUUUAAAUAACCUUGGUGAUUCCACGAAAUCUGAUACCAUAGCCCUGAACAACUAUAUGAAUGCUCAAUACUUUGGUGAGAUCGGCAUUGGCACCCCACCUCAGAAAUUUAAUGUGAUCUUCGAUACAGCUAGUGCAAACUUGUGGGUACCUUCCUCACAAUGCUUAUUUUCGGCAUCUUGCUCUAGCCAUAUGAAAUACGAGUCAAGUAGAUCAAGCACUUACAAAGCAAAUGGUAGUGGCACUAAGGCUGCUGGAACUUGA